UGUCCUCACGUGGCCAUGGCUGGCCUCAAUGUCUCCAUCGCUUUCCUUUCGCUGGUUGCCGGGCUGUGCCAGGCGCUCCGGCGCCUUGCCAGGAGCCUCGUGUCUCCGCCGGCGUACAGCUGCCUUGCCUCAGAGCUCGCUGCCUCCUUGCAGCUCUGCUCCAGCUGCCUCGAGCUGAGGAUGCUGUUUGACAUCGGCCCGUGGGGCGGUGGCUUUGGCCCCGAUGUGGUCCUGACUCUGCUCUUCCUCCUCUUCGUGGCUCACGGCGUCUCUUUCGAGGGAGCAUCAGCCAACCCGACUGUCUCUCUCCAGGAGUUCCUGCUCCUCCAGUCCAGCCUCGUCACAACUGCUGCCAAGCUGCUGGCCCAGGCUGUGGGCACGGGCACGGGCUGGGCUGUCACCAAGCUCUUCUGGUCCUGGGAGCUGACGCAUUUCCACCUGAUCCAGAACCUGAUAGCGUCGGAGUGCAGCUCCUCCAUCCGCACGGCCCCGCACCACGCGGCCGCUGUGGAAGGCAGCUGCUCCUUCCUGUUCCACCUCGUCCUUCUCAGGGUGCACCGCAGUCACCCCAUGUACCGGGUGCCUGCCCUGGCAGCCACUGUCACCUUCCUGACCUAUGCAGCUGGACCGUUCACAGGGGCCUUCUUCAACCCUGCCCUGGCCACAGCCACCACCUUCCACUGCUCAGGGAGCAGCCUCUGGGACUACAUCCAGGUUUACUGGCUGGGGCCCCUUGCAGGGAUGCUCUCUGCCCUCUUGCUGUACCAGGGUAACAUCCCACGCCUCUUCCAGAAGAACCUCCUGUACAGCCAGAAGAGCAAAUACAAGAUCCCCAAGGCACGGGUGGUGGCACACACGGAGGGCGAGGAGCCGCGGCGGAGGGGGAAAGGGGAGAAGAGCAACUCGGCACCUCACGCCUGA